UACGAUGCGCUGAUGAGAGAGCGAGUGAAAAACUAUUGCGCAAUAACGCUAGGCCACGCCCCCUUGUCAUUUGUUUACGUCUCGACAAGACCGCUUAUGUAUCUACAGAAGAAGGAGGGAACGGUUUAACGAAAAUCAUAUUAUUUUGCAGAUAAAAUGAAUCCCUAUCCACCCCAGCUAGGUGGUACUGAUCGAGGGCCUGUUUCUCGGGUGGAACUUCGUAUAGAGUGUAAAGCCCUGAAGAAAAAGGAUGAGUUCUCCAAGUCAGAUCCAUGUGCAGCGAUAUACAUGCUGAAUAGAAAGAGUCAGAAAUGGGAGGAACUUGGGAGAACAGAGUUAAUAAAGAACUGCCAUGACCCGAAGUUUACGCGGGCUUUCAAGGUGGACUACUUCUUUGAGGAAGUUCAGAAAGUGAAAGUAGAGGUGUAUGAUCUGGAUAAUGAAACAGCGACCCUCGAAGAUGAUGAUUUUUUGGGCAAAAUUGAAUGUAAUCUAGGGGAGAUAGUUUCCAGGAAUCCGUACUCAGGGCCUCUUUUGAAGAAGGAUGGGAAACCUAUGGGAGGAUCCACAAUUUUUAUUAGAUCAGAAGAGGUAAAGGAAGGAGGAGAGAUGGUUCACAUGAAGUUCAGUGCCACCAAACUGGACAACAAGGACUUUUUGGGGAAGUCUGAUCCUUAUCUAGAAAUCUCAAAGAAAGCAUUGGAUGGAUCUUGGCAGGUUGUUCACAGAACAGAGGUGAUAAAGAAUACAUUAAAUCCUGUAUGGCGCCCCUUCACUCUCUCUUCUCAUGCUCUGUGUGGUGGAAACAAGUCCGAAGAUAUCAAGUUUGAUUGCUAUGAUUAUGACAGUGAUGGGUCACAUGAUUUUAUUGGAACUUUCACAACAACAUUGGCAGACAUGGAGUCUAAGACACAAGGGGGAAAGGAGGCUAGUUACCCUUGUAUUAAUCCAAAGAAACAGUCUAAAAAGAAGUACCAGAACUCGGGAGUUAUCCACCUUACUGAAUUAAAGAUUUUCAAGAGAACAUCAUUCCUGGAAUUUGUUUAUGGGGGGAUGCAGAUAAACUUUACAGUAGGAAUUGAUUUCACUGGAUCCAAUGGAAACCCUAGUAGUCCUAAUUCUCUACAUUACAUUAAUCCCUACCAACCUAAUGAGUACAUGCUAGCUAUACAGGCCGUAGGCAAUGUCUGUCAGGAUUAUGAUACGGAUAAAUUAUUUCCUGCUUUGGGAUUUGGUGCUAAACUGCCUGAUGGAACCAUUUCUAUGGAGUUUGCCAUCAAUUUUAACCCCAGUAACCCAUAUUGUGCAGGUAUUGGUGGUGUCCUUGAAGCCUACAAAGCUUGCAUACAGAGGGUGACCCUUUAUGGCCCCACUAAUGUGGCCCCCAUCAUUUACCAUGUGGCCAGGUUUGCUGAGCAGGCACAGAAGGAGGAAGGCACAAAAGGGGCACAUGCCUAUUUUAUCCUGCUCCUGUUAACAGAUGGUAUAAUCUCUGAUAUGGACAAGACUAGGGAUGCCAUUGUCUAUGCCUCAGGCCUGCCUAUGUCCCUCAUCAUUGUGGGGGUGGGGGAUGCGGACUUCUCUGAUAUGAACUUUUUAGAUGGGGAUGAUGGGGUUCUGAAGGGGGCAAAUGGCAGACCAGCGUUAAGGGAUAUUGUACAGUUUGUGCCUUUUAGAGAAUUCAGUAUGUCUUCUAGCGCUGAGUUGGCACGUCAUGUACUGGCCGAGGUUCCACAACAAGUGGUGCAGUACUACGAAAUGAGGAAAAUCCCUCCCAAACCGAGACCAGCUCAAACACAGACUUGAAAAUACAAGCCAGCUCAAACACAGACUUUAAAAUAACAACUACUGCAGGAUCUGAAUGGGACGAAAUCAGUGCUUCUACAUAACAAGUCAAUAACUUGUGUACAAUUUUUUACGGUGCUAACAGGUGUGGCUCGAACUUUAUAUAUUUAAUUGCAUUUACUGUAAAUUUUCUCUUAAAGAUUUUAAUAAUAUAUUGUAAUUUCGUAACAUUUAAGCAUUUUUUUCAAAGUGUCCUGUUAAUGCAUUUGUAAACAGGGAUGAUUUUUUAUCUACAUUUUUCAGGAAGCGUAAUAAAUAAGGUUUGUUGGAUGCUUUGAAAAUUGAAAACUUAUUUUUUUUUUGUGAUAACUUUUUAAUUAACAAAUUUCAAUGUUCCACAGAAAAAAGAACUAGUCUAAUUAUGCAAUUGUGUAGUUUAUAUACAUGUACAUGUUAUGUUAAUUAUUGUUGUCUAGCUAUUUUCUUGUGGGUAAAUUUAAUACCUGAGUGUAUUAGGCUUAGAGAGAGAGAGAGAGAAAGGUAUAGGUAUAAAUUUUUAGAUUUGAGAUUUCUUGUACUUGGAUGCUCUUUUUUCUGUCUUUUAUAUUCAAUAUUUUUUAAGAUGUCACUCUGUAUUUACAUAUAUAUAUAACUGCUGUUGCAAUUUAUAUUUAUAGAAUUAAAUUUAAUGGAAGAUGAUGUA